AUGGCCGGCUCUACGGGCGAGCCCUUCUAUCUGCGCUACUACUCCGGCCACAGCGGGCGCUUCGGCCACGAGUUCCUCGAGUUCGACUUCCGCGUCGUCGGCGACGGGCGGUCCGCCGUCGCGCGCUACGCCAACAACAGCAACUACCGCAACGACAGCCUGAUCCGCAAGGAGAUGUGCGUCUCGGCCCUGGUCGUCGACGAGAUCCGCCGCAUCGUGCGCGCCUCGGAGAUCAUGAAGGAGGACGACGCCAAGUGGCCCCAGAAGAACAAGGACGGCCGCCAGGAGCUCGAGAUCCGCCUCGGCAACGACCACAUCUCGUUCGAGACGGCCAAGAUCGGCUCCCUCAUCGACGUCACCGAGUCCGCCGACCCCGAGGGCCUGCGCGUCUUCUACUACCUCGUCCAGGACCUCAAGGCCCUCGUCUUCAGCCUCACCUCGCUGCACUUUAAGAUCAAGCCCAUCUCGUGA